AUGGAAAGUGCCUCUUAUGACUUCAUGGCAACGCAAAACACGUCCUUAACCUCCCCUUCCCCUCAACCUCAAAAGAACAUCUAUCCUCAUCAACCUCAGAUAUACGGCGACCAAUCAUUAGACCAGAGAUACAAUUACAUCGGUAGCAGCAAUCUAGACACUCUUUUAAAUGCUAUUGAAGUUGCUCCAAUCAACGUUAAAGCAUCCCCGUCUUUCUCGAGGGUCGCCAAAACAGCAGCAAGAACUGGUGCUGCCAACAGCACCAUGCCUUCAUCAUCAACUACACCUAUGACAAUUUCUUCUCUGCUAGAUGCAGAUCAGCAAUCAAAAUGCUCCCCUCCCAUCACUCCUACCGAGAUUACAUCUCCGACGAUAUCAUAUUCACGAGCUAGAUCUCCGUCCUUACAAAUGCCUCUUGCACCAUAUCUUCCAUCUACGACAAUGACUUAUCCAAACUCCACAGAUUCAAUCCCGUUUCCGCGAUUACAGCAUUCGAGUCUUCCAUCUCCGCCUAACAGCGGUUUGUACUUGCCAUUGCCCAACCUCAACCAAGCUAUUAGCAACGGUGAUCAUGCUAGGACGUCGCCUCCCCCUCCUCUAAUAACAUCCAAGAGGAAAUGGGAAGCAACCGAUGCCUCAAUAAAUCCCUAUGUCGACGAGCUACGUAGCACGAAAAUACGGCGAUCUGCCGAAGAUUAUAACGGGAUGCAUGGCUCAGCAUCGAAAUCACCCGAUUCGGGCUCUGCUCAUCAUCAGGAUCAUGAUAGGGACAGACUGUACCCACCACCGCUUUCAUCACAGCAUUUAAAACCCAUACACAAACUGCAAUCGCACUCGCUUAUACCACCACCACCACACAGUCAAUAUCAGACGACAACAAUCACUUGCUAUCAUGCUGCGGUUGCACAAAAAUCAUAUGGCAGCGAGAAGAGAUUUUUAUGUCCACCGCCAGUGGUCAUUAUCGAGUCGUCAAAUAAACAUUUACACAGCAAAUCAGAUGUGUCGAUGUCUGUUACUUGCGAGACUAACGAUCGUCCUAUGGAACAUAAAGCUUUACUUGACGAGAAUAUGAAAGGAACGUUCAAGUAUCUACAUGUCAGCGGAACGGAUAAGGCUAAGCAAUUCACUCUAAAAUUAAGAAUGUAUCACAAGAAUGCCGAUCUUCCAUAUAUCGUAUGUGAUUCAAAUCCCAUCACAAUUAUCUCCAAACCAUCUAAGAAGACUGCAAAAGCCAGAAAUGUUUCUUCAUGCAUCUUAUCUGGAUCACCAAUCUCGCUCUUCAACCGCAUCAACUCUCAAACAGUUCGAACCAAAUACAUGGGAGUCGAAGUUGGGCAAUUGUGUGCCAAGAAUUCUUCAUGGUCCUCUUUUGUUAUCACGUUGGUCAAUAAAAAUAACAACGGUAGCGAGAGUAGCAGCGAUGCCAAUUAUAACAAAGGCAAUAGCGAUACCGAUAGCGAUUUCCUUACUCAACGGGCCAGGAUCAAGAGUCAGAGUUCAAACGUGGCAUCAUUUGGUGCUUCCAUUAAUGCUACUCCCAUAACUUACGGAUCAGAGAUUAUUUUGUCAGAGCCGGUAACGGGGAUUACCUCUGAUCGAUUGAUCAUUCGUAAAGUAGAAAGAGGACAGGUAAUAAGAUGUGCACGCGGUCCAGUGAGUCAGAUGCAAAAGGUGGCAUUACAACGAGUGAAUACCGAUGGAAGUGAAGGGCCUUAUCUAAGUGCGGCUGGUCAAUUCAUGGUCGAUAAUCUGCAAGACCAAUUGCAAUGUCAACUCGGAGGGGGUUGUCCGUUCCUAGGAUAUCAGUCAUCGAGGAUGAGUAUUGCCACUCCUGCUAGUAUUGAAGAAGUUGAUGAUUAUCUUUGCUGGACAAUUGUAGGGAUUUCUAGAUUCCAUUACAAGUUCUACGAGCCAUACCCACAUACCCCUCUGCCCGCCUCACCCUCGUGA